CAUGUAAUAUUCCAUCACUGUCAGCGUACGAAUAAUAAUUUUCUUCAGAUGUUGGUUAGUAAAUGUUGUGUGCUUGAAAUUUAAAUAACUUUGCCAUGACGUUUCGUAAAAUCUAUGCGCAAUAAUAAUAACUGUCGCAUAAUUAAAUAAACCAUUUCCGCGAAGUGCACAUAUUGUUCAAUCCAUUCCAAAGUGAUUUUUGAUUCAACGGCCUAGUGUUUACUGUUCGUUCGUACGGCCAAAAUCAUAAUUAAAUAUUAGCAGUCGGUCGUUAUCAACGAUAUUAUUAAAUGCUGAUAAAGGUGUUCAUGUUCAGAGAUUAGUGUGUGGGAUACCUGCUGUAUUUUCUGUGAUAAAAGAUACAUAAAUUAGUGUGCCUUUCGCUGGCUAGAUUCUUGAUUCAAGUGCUAACUACCAAGUGUCUGUAAUUUCAACAUUUUAGAAAAACCAUUGCGAAAAUGAGCAGAUUUCAAUCGUGGAACGCAAACAUUUACAUCGUCACAUGGAAUGUAAGUACGAAAUAUCCCGAAGGAAUAGCCCUAAACAAUUUGCUUGGCCUUGAAAAUAAUCCGGAAAAUGACUUACAUCGUCCGGACUUUUACGUUAUCGGCUUACAAGAGAUCAACUCUCAGCCGCAGAGUGUGGUCAAGGGAUUGUUCAAAGACGAUCCAUGGACGCAAAAGUUCAAAGAAUUGCUGAAGGUUCGAGGAUACAUAGCCAUUAAGUCGGAACAGAUGCAAGGUCUGCUGGUAAUUUUGUUUGCGAAAAAACAGCACCUCCUACACAUUCGAGAAGUCGAAUCGGAAUACACUCGUACUGGAUUGGGUGGCAUUUGGGGCAACAAGGGUGCCGUUAGCAUAAGAUUUUCGCUGUAUGGCUGUUCCGUUUGCAUUGUUAACGCUCAUUUGGCUGCUCACGACCAUAUGUUGGAGGAGAGAAUAAAAGAUUACGAAAAGAUCGUUGAGGAGCAUAAGUUUCAUGUCAAGACCACCACGGACAUCUUCACUCAUGAUUAUGUCUUCUGGUUUGGCGAUUUAAACUUUCGUUUAACUGGCGAAACCACUUCACCACCAGAACAAAUCCGCGAUUUGGUCGAGCAGGACAAACUAGAUGAAUUAAUUGCCAAAGAUCAACUAUCGUUAGUUCGACAGCAAGAACGAGCGUUUACCGAACUCGUUGAACGGACUCCAGCUUUUCCACCAACAUUCAAAUUCGAGAGAGGAACCUCCGAAUAUGACAUGAAACGUCGGCCAGCUUGGACGGAUCGCGUUCUUUAUAAGGAACCACAAAAUAUUUAUAAGAAUGCCGAACUGUCGGCUGAACAAACGUCGUACCGAAGUCAUCCCGGCUACAAUAUUAGUGAUCACAAGCCGGUCACCAGCGAAUUCACCAUUAAGUGCGUUAAUAAAGCGCCACUAAUUAUACAACGACUUACACGAAGCCCUGGUGGCGAUACCACAGACUCUGAAUAUUAUUCUGUUCAGGUGUUCGAAGAUCCGACCGAGAAAAUUGUCGACUUUUCACCGAUCAACAUUUGGCAAAUUGGUGAAGACAAUGUCAUCGAAUAUACGUUACCGUUUGGUUAUGAAGAGGCCGAAAAUGAUUGGAUCGGUGUGUAUAAGGAGGACUUUACCAGCUUAGACGAAUACAUCGCUUACGAAUACACUAGUCGCAGCAAAGCACCGAGUGGCGAUGUACCAGCCGAUAAAAUCAUUUACCAUUUGCAAUUUCCGGAAACUUGUGAACUACCUGAGGACGAACGAUAUGUCGUGCUGUAUUUCCAAAGUACUGGCACAAGAGGCGUUACUGGUCUAGUGGGCAUUUCUAAGCCGUUUAAGGCGGAAAAACGUUGUCCUUCACCUCGAUUCGAAUCGGUUGAUUAGUUUUUCCUUCUUACUUCUGUGAACAAUUUUGUUUUUUCGUGACCUCUGGACCUCAGUUGUUAUAAUUUUUAUUGCAUUUUGUUAAGUUUUGUUUAAGGCGCGCGACCGGGAGAGACAAAUUAUUUUAUCGGUGAUGAGUGAACCAAAAUUUUUGAUUUUUGUUUUAGUUUUUGUUAUCGGUAACUGGUGUUUCCAUUAACUAAUUUACGUUUAAUUAAAUCCUGAUUCCGUUUAUGCAUAGUAUUGAAGAUAAAAAAAAUUUGGAAAAUUAAUUUGCGGCAAAUGAACAAAGCUCAAUUUCUUACAUUUGUAUCGAGUUUCACCUCGACAGUCACAAUUUAGAUAAUAGACAGUUCACGAACAAAAUGAAAUGUUUUAUCCCAUAGUCCAGAGCCUACGAGGCUAUACUUUGUGGGGCGGAAAUAUAUCAUCGAACUGCCGUUUUGCUUACUUUAUUUUCCACAGUUUUGACUUUGUCUUUCCGAGCAGUGUAAAAUUUAGCGGUCAUUCCGUCUUAUUUGUUUGGCUAGUGUCCGUCUUUCGUUGCCUAUAAAAAAUUGCCUAAACUAGAGGAGUGGCACUCAGUUUUCGAUUUCCAUUUUUUUUACAGCUAAUUUUUGAACUAACUUUUACUUGACUUGACUUGACUUGACCUGCUACAAUCAGCAAUGAGCUGCCUACACUCAGCCCGCUGAUAUUCAAGCUUUCCGAUUGUUCUUAAUUGUUUCAUUGUUUGGAAGCUGACCGAGGGAAUAGAAAAAGGCAAUUGGUGUGCUAAGCAAAGAUAUUAAAAGCUCUCUAGUCUUUAACAUCUGGCCACUUUCGUUUUAGUGGAGGUCCAAGUUCAUAUAAAAGCCAUUUUUUUGUGCAUUUGAUGACAAAGGCGUGAAAAUUGCACCAUCGAUAAAGAUUGAAAUUCUGAACAUUUUUGGAUAGGAUGCCCAAAAUUUCCGCCCAGCUGCUCCCCUGACCCCCCUUCAAAGUUUUCGAUGUAGAGUCAACUUUGAUGAAUUUCUGUGAAGCGACUAUUGAAUCUACAUAGGCGAUAUGGGGCUCAAAUGAAUGAUGAAGGUUCAAAGUUUUUUUUAAGUGCAAAAAAGUUUUCCGAAUUUUCCGUUUUUCCCGCAGUUUUCCACGUUUUUCCAGAACGACAAAAAUUUGUUUUGAAGUUAUGUAACUUCUAAAUUACAUUUUUUGGAUGGUAAGUUUGCUUACAGCUUUUGUUCUUCGUUCCAUUUCCUACAAAACCUUCGAAGAAAUGAAUUUUCUAUCUUUCGUUCAGGAAGAGCUAGAACCAAAUUUCCACCGUCAGGUGAGGAACGAACAAAAGGCAAACUAAUUUAAUUCUGCAACAUUUGUACAUCUGCAAUCUGCUACGCCUCUUAUGACUAAAAAACACAUUUUUAAUGAGGGACUAAUGUUCCUAGUAAUAACUAAUGAUGUACAGUACUCCUCAUCCAGAGAGUCCACCACUCAGAACUGGUGGAUUAUUUAACUUUUUAAGAAAUUUUUUUGUAUGUGUUCUGGACUCAGAACAAUUGAAAACUGUUACAGAAUUUUCACGAUAAACGAAUCUGGCUUUUCGAAAAAUCUUGUCAGCCGUCGGUUUAUUAUUCCGCACAGUUUGGUUGUGUCGUCAAAGGCGUCAACUUAAAUAAAUGUUGGGUCGUUUCAGUUAAAUGCUGAAAAGAGAAAAACAUUUUAUUGCACUAAAAAAUCAACGACACAGGAAACGACGACUUUCUGACGGAACCGUCUUUUAACAUUUUGUAGAAAUGACGAAUUUCUGAAGAAAAAGUUCAUGAAGAAUCGUCGACUUCUCACUUCUUCAUGAACUCGCCGUUUUUUUUUUUUUUUAGAAAGUCCAGUCAUUUCUUGUGUCGUUGAUUUUUCAGUGCGAUGUGCAAUAACCAUUUUUGGCUACUUGAGAGAUAUUUAAGAGGUUUCACACGUCGAGUCUAUCACAGUUAAAUCAGUGAAUCCUUUACUUCAUUUGUUCAAACCAUGGUGUCGAUACUAAAUCAUUUCCCUCAUCAGUUGUAAUUGAUACGAGACAGCACUAGCUAGAAGUGAUAGCUUAUUUUUGUGGACAUCGUCAACAGCAGAUGACUAAUUGUUUCUGAAAGGUGACGACCGAUUAAAUUUUAUAUGGCAACUUUUCAAACAAUAGUUAUUUUCGCAACAAGUGACGAAAAGUAGGACUUUCCAUUGCCUUUGUUACGAAAAACGUUGUAUGCCUGCGGCCUCGAGUGACAAUCUACACACCUAGUACCUGAAAAAGCAUUUAUCAGUCGGUUGUAUAACUAACUAUUAUGACAUCGAGUGCAAAGUACUUUAUUAGAAUCUAGAUGUGUAAAUUAUGACACGUGGCCACAGGUACUUUGCAACAAGAUUCAUACAACGUUUUAUGCCACAGAGAUGUCUGAAGUUGGCAAAUUUUGCACAUUAUGAUGCUGAGUUGCAAAAUUAUUCAUUUGAUUUCCUCAGCCCAUUGAAUUUCCAAUAAUUUUACAGAACCCUCACAAAGUAUAGCCUGGAAUAUCAUUAAGAACAAUAAUUUCUAGAAAACGCAAAAAAAUUUCCUCGUAUCUGAGAUCCGUAUUAAUAUUGACAGAAAUUGAGAUUUUUUACAUUUUCCCACGAAUCGGACUAAUUUUUGAGUUUUUUUUUUCGUCUAAAUUGAGUGCUUUCACAUUUAAAAACACAAAAUCGUGAGUGAUAGUAGUUUCGUUGCAAUUGAGCGCAUUAACGGGUGAAAAUUACACGCAUUACAAUAGCGGGCAGCAAUUUAACUUUCGAUAGGUUACAAUGAAAAAUAUAGCUCAAUUAUGUCUCGUAGACAAUACUUACAUUGUUCUGAAUGAAAUGCUUUUUAACAAGAAAAAUGGAACACUUAACACAAUAAAUUGAAGUUUACAUUCACUGGAGAGA